AUGUCAACCCUCAAACUUGUCACCUUUGGGGCGUUACUCUUGCAGCUGACAGCGGCACAUUGGAUUGGUGAGGAGUACUGGACGACAAUCGAUUUCCUCGGUGCCAUCAAAGACGAUCGAUCACCGGCCGACUUUUUGGAGCUAAAUGGACCCAAUGGAGCACGGACAAAUGGCUGGGUGGCUUACUGGAUAACUAGGUCCAAGUACCCGGGCGUGCACUAUGAGGCUUUCGGACAUGCGAUUCGACGAGAUGAUGGACGGAUUUGCGGUUAUUUCGUUGGUGAUGAGGACGAGGUGGCUGAGGUGUGCGGCGGUUUUCGAGUGUUGUCUCGGAAUCGAAACAAUCGAGCCGAACGAGCGCCUUUCGAAUGGGUGUUAGCGCGAGAAGUGCGCGAUCAAAAUGAUGCUGUCGGUUUCACGGUGCAUCGAGUGGCGAGCACACAAAAUGGACAACAGAUAAUUUACGGUGACGCUGUUUUGACGCAAAGACAUUACAAAGGAGUCGAGCCGGGUCGCUUCGAGGAACCGAUUAGCAAGAUUGGCAGCGAUGAGUUCUCAACGAGAGUCUACUUGUUGAGGAAAACGACACCGGAAAGUGGACCUGAUCGAACAGGAUUUUAUCAGAAUGGUCCCUAUCAUGAUCCACACACAAAACACGCGCAUGGAUGGGCUGGACAUCCAGCGGCAAGAGAUCAACACCGAGAGCAACCACAACGCGAUCAGCCGAGACCUGAGGAGCAGCACAGGCCAAGACUUGUGAACCGUCAUCCACCCGCAGCCCGGGGUUCUCCACAAGAUCUCAUCUGUCACCGAGUUGUCACAGCUGAUGGACGAGAGUUUAAGAGUUGCCACCGCCCACAAGCCCCAUCAAACACCCAAGUCGAUCCACACGAUAAACGUCUACAAGAUCCACGCUCAAAUCCUUCAUAUUCUUAUUAUGAUCCAAUCUUCGAUCCCCGAUCUCCGUUGUACGAUCCUCAAUACAACCCAUAUGAUCCACAGUACAAUCCCGAAAAGGACCGAGAAUGGCGUCAAGCGCAAGGUUUUGGAGAAGACGGAUCGCGCCGCACUCCAGCACCACGACGAAGCGAUGAGCCACGGCCGGAACCAAGAAGACCUCAAGAAGAAUUGGAUCGUCAACCGCCAGCAAGACCAAAUGCAAACACAGUUCCAGUUCGAGUGUUCAGACCGGGUCCAGUGAUUCCACCAAGAAAUGACGCCACAAACGGCUCCCCUCCACAAAUUCUGUCACCAGGUGAGAGUGGAGCGACGGUUGUCGACGACAAGGGACGACUCUAUCGAAAGAAAAUCAAUUCAAAUGGUCGUGAAACGUACGUUUUGGAUGAUUCGGAGCGUUCUCUUCACCUUCCUGGAGCUCCACGACGUCCACAACCACCAGCGCCUGGAAGCGAUAAUGAGAUCCCAAUUGGCCACGGCGCUUUACCAGCCGGACAAGAACCAGGUUUGAGUCAGAAGAUCGGCGAAGGAGCAGUGCCGAAAAUCCCGCCAAAACACGAGGAAAUCUCGACAAUCGGAGAUGGAGCACAAGUUGAGAGAAAUGAUGAAACGCCAAAGAUCGGUCAAGGUGCUCAACAAAAAGUAAACAUUUCUGAUGUACAAGAAGAGCCAAAAAUCGGUGGAGGAGUCGAGGUUGAUGGUGGGAAUGCGCAGAUUGGUGAGGGUGCUCGGCCGAAUGAAGAGGGAAUUCAGCUGCCGACAGACCGGGAUCCCGAUCAAGAUUAUGUGGAUAAAGUAUGGGGACCUCGUUCAAAUCUUCCCACCCCCCCGAAAUCAUCGGAACUCAACGACAAUGAA